AUGGCACAUGGGGCGCAGGCCAACCCCAAAGGGUUCAGGAAGAAGGUGCUGGUUAGAUACCCCUCUGGGUGGAGGGGCCCAAGUCUCAGGGCCUCUUCUCCUUCAAGAACCUCCAGAUCCAGCCUGGGUGUGAAGAAGUUCUUCACCAUCGCCAUCCUGGCGGGCAGCGUCCUGCCCGCGGCCCACAGCAGCCUGCUCAACCUGAAGUCCAUGGUGGAAGCCGUCACGGGCAGAAACGCCAUCCUGUUUUUCGUGGGCUACGGCUGCUACUGCGGGCUGGGGGGGCGCGGCCUGCCCAUGGAUGAGGUGGACUGGUGCUGCCACGCCCACGACUGCUGCUACCAGAAGCUCUUUGAACAGGGCUGCCACACCUAUACGGACCACUACGAAUACACCAUCGAGAAUAACACCACGAUUGUCUGCAGCGAGCUCAACGAGACAGAGUGUGACAAGCAGACGUGCGAGUGCGACAGGAGCGUGGUUCUGUGCCUCCAGAGCCAGACGUACAACGAGCAGCAUCGCAACUACCUCAACGUCUACUGCCAGGGCCCCAAGCCCAACUGCAGCAUCUACGAGCCGCCCCUGGAGGAGGUGGCCUGA